AUGCUGCCGACUUGCACGAAUGCGCGCCGAUCGCCCUACCCAGGUUGCCGGCCAAGCAGCCAGGUCUGUUGUUGGUGGCUCACGACGCUGCAUGUGGAUGAUGCGAUGCGUCUGCCGGUGCUACUGCAGCCCCCCAAGCAACCGCUUUUCAAACCCUCAACGUCUCAAGAACAAAGCUGGGCUCUGCAAGACCUCCUACAAAGUCUUUACGCAGUGCAUGCCUCAUUCAACACCUUUACACAAUCCUACUCGUACAUGUCCAUGAGCUCUAGGAUGCGGAAACCGUCGGCGUGGGCCCGCCGCCGCUCAACUGGUGACAGCUGCGCAGCCAGUCCAGUCUCUUCCAUAGUGACAGUGCCACAUCUCACGAGACUACCCAGCCACCCGCUUUGCUCCCCAUUGCUUGUGACUAGGUAG